AUGACAUAUUUCGUUUUCCGCAAGGAUUUUAAUUUUGCAACGAAAUUAUUUCUUACGAUUAUUUAUGCCAUCUACUUCGUCAGCCGUUUCCUUGGCAUUGCCUGCUUUUGCUACGAUUCACAGCGUCAAUGUGCUAAAGAAUCCUGGCAGACACGUUUAUACAGUGGUUGCUUGGUGCUCAUUGUCCUGGCAUUUAUGCCAUUUGCCAUACGCAUCCUGUUUUUACGACAAAAUCUACUGCUUACAUAUGUGGGUUACAUACGCUAUGGCAUGAUGCUGCUCUGUGCCCUGGCCACUCUCUAUAUGCAGAUGCAUUAUCGCCGGGCCAUUAUGGACUGUGUUAAUAAGAUGCUGGAAUCAAGAGACAUUCUGCAAAUGAAUAUUAAUCAUGAUAAUCGCUCGCAUAAACGUGUCAUUUGGAAUAUUAUGGCCAAAUGUUUAACAAUCAUGUUGCAAUUGCUGUGGAUUAUCUUCUUAAUCCUUAAUGAUGAGGCCAGUAAACGUUUGUGGUAUCUCGUCACCUUGCUGUAUGUCCAGUAUUGUCAGUUGAUUUUGGUGACCACCUUGAAUUUGCUGUUCUAUGGCAGCUGGGUGAUGACGUUAAUAACUCAGCAACUAAAUCACAAUUUACGCGACAAUUUAAAGCAAUUAAAAUGUUUAACCUAUCAUCGUACGGGCUAUCACCAAUAUCGUCAGCAAUACUUGUGCCAUCAGCUGGAACAGGUUAUGCAGCAGCACUGGCAGAUGUUUAAAUUGAGUGGCACGUUUUUGCAUCUCUACUGUUGGCAAAUUGUUUGUUUCCUGACAUUUGUCAUUAUCGAGUGUGUAACACAAAUAUUUAUCAUGUAUUUUGUGGCUGUCGAUAUUUGUAACCAAGAAGGUGUAGCGGAGUGGAAUGAUGAGGAGCAUGAAAAUAAACAUGGUGUUCUUAUAAAUCCUUAUGCUCUGCUGUAUGUAUUUGGCAUCAUCUGGGAUAUGUUUUUAAUACUGCUGAUGAUUGAUGAAAUGCGUUUGAGUUUCGCAGAGACACGUUUCAUCCUUGCCAGUGCUGUGUGGCUGAAGUCGCUGUUAUCGGCGGCAAAUCAGACAUUGGAUAAAUGUCUAUCACACUUUAACCUUUAUUUGUUACAUCUUCAACCUUGUGUGUCGUAUACCGCCUGUGUCCUUUUCACAUUCAAUAAACAUUUAAUUUUACGUUUAUUGGAGAGCAUUUUCUUGUAUUUAUUACUUUUAAUACAAUUUGAUAUAAUAAUCAAUUGAAAUUAAUUGUAUUCUGCUACGAGUUUGUUUAUUU